CGCAUUGCGCAACUGUAGCAUCAGCAGACGCGACGAUGGAUAGCGGAUCGGCUAUAGCCCCACAAAACUCCAUCUGCCUAGUGCGCGCCCCACCAACAUGUCUCAGUUAGAGGUGGGUUAUGUAAAAUACAGAAAACUGUGUUUUUAUACUGUACGUUUAAACCGUUCAAAACAUAUCGCCUUUUAAACACAAACAGGAGCUGCUAACGCUAGCCGAGCUAACUAACCCGCUCCCUCGCGCCCCUGCUUUUUAUCUGCUGUACGGAACCAGUCAGGCCAACGUAAUCGAGUAAGUGACUCAUUGUCAACGGCACAGGGCAUGUGUGUGUGUUUUGGAGCAGUUGGGAGGAGAUGACUGAGUCUGUCCCCACCGUGCUGUGUUCAUCACCAUGGGGCCAGAUGUGCCCCUGCUCAACGACUACAAGCAGGAGUUCUUCUGGAAGCGCUUCCCACAGACCGUGUUGGGAGGGCCGAGGUUGAAACUCGGCUACUGUGCUCCACCGUAUGUGUACGUGCACCAGCUGGUGUUAUUCUUGACCCCAUGGCUGUUGGGAGGCAUUGGGACGGCCCUGUACCAGUUGAGGGUGCUGGACGACACCUGGGCGGGCGUUGUUUCCGGUAUGCUCAUGCUGGGUGUGGGCGCCACCGUGCAGGGACUGGCACAGUGUAUGGCACGGAGGACAGGGGUGGUACAAAGACUGCCAGCUGCUAAUAACAUCCUCGCAGAUGAGGAGGAGGUGGAGUUUACACACUGCGUGGCACCUGAUACGGUACGGUUUGUGGUGCCUGGGAAAAAGUUCAUGGCUAAUGUGGUUCUGCAUACGUUGCUUGCCGGAGCACUGUGCGGGUUGUCUACGUGGUAUCUGCUGCCGGAUAGACUGGGCAGCUUGUAUGGGCACACAGGAGUCGGACUGGGUGCUGUUGUGCCUUUGUUUGCCCUGAGCUGGGUGACCGUGUGUAUCGCGGAAUACUCACUUAUCGUCAAUACUGCGACAGAAACGGCCACGUUUCAACCACAGGAUACAUACGAAAUCACGCCUCUCACCAGACCCCUCUACAUACUCGCCUUCAUUGCUGUGGACCUGGCUUUAAGAUUUGCAGGUUCUGCUGUUGUGGAAUUGCAGGUAGCGGCUCAGGUGCUUCAUGUGUUGUUUGUGGUUCUGCCGGUGCUUUGGGCUUUGGGAAUGCUCUCGCCAUUGGACGCUCUUCUGCUGUGGGCCAUGGAACAGUCCUUGGUGCAUGGCCUGGGUGGGUCGGCCAUGUCCACCAACAUCAGGCUGUUGGUCAUGUUUCUGUCAUCUACGUGUGUUGCCAUCUGUACAUUCUUUAUUCCCUCUUCCCUGGGCAUUGUCCUCUUCACUGUUGCCACGGGCUACCUCCUGAGUCAGGACCUGAGCCAGCUGCUGGUGCUAGUGAAGGGAGGCUCUUCGACCUUGGGUCUGGGCUGGUGGGGUCUUCCUCUUUCCCUGCUGCUCUUACUAGGGGCCUUGACUGAGGCAGGACUCCUUCAUCAGCUGUACCCCAACCAAACAUUAGAGAACCAAACAUUGAGUGUGAACUCUAUAGAGAACUGGGGGUCUUCUGUGGUACCUCCAAGCCCACAGGGUGUGAUAGGCUUGCUCCUUAUUGCCCUGUUUCUCAUUACCCGUCUGCUGAGAGAGCUUCAGGGGGCGUGUGUUCUGGGAGGGGCCGUGCUUAACCCGCUCUAUCCUAAAAGGGUCACGACAGCAAAGGCUUUUAGGAGAAAGACUCGUGGGCUACGUGUCGCGGGGAUAAUCAGGAGGAUGCUGUUGAACCUGGUUAGUCCAUUGGCGAUGAUAGCGUUUUUGUCUGUGGACGAGUCUCUUGCGAAGCUGCACACGGCCUCCCUCGCUAUUGGCUUCACGCGGGCAUUCAGGGUGGUGUGGCAGAACUCUGAAGCUGGUCUGCUGCAGAUGGUGUUGGUGGUGAUCAUCAGGCUUGCUGGGGGACACAGACCAGUGCACUGGCAUGAGUUGGGCACUACGGUACAGCUGAUUCUGGUCUCUCUGAUCAUCAAUCGCGUGUCUCAGUUUGUGUAUAAGAUAAAUUUCGCUCUUACUGUCUUGAUCACAUCUUGGACAGAGAAUAAACAGCGGCGUCAGUCCGCAGGCACUCUGCUGGCCCUCAACGCUGCUCUGUGUCCACUGCUGUUGGCCGUGGUGGUCCUCUCUGCCCUUCUCUCCGCCCCUCUCCUCCCUCUCUUCACACUACCUGUCUUCCUGGUGGGGUUCCCCAGGCCACUGCGCUCCUGGCCGGGCACACCGGGCACCGCCUGCCCUUGCCCAGACUCUGUAUAUUACCAGCAGCUCUGCAAAAGACUGGCAUCAGCUAUCAGACCAGCACUUGCUAAUGGCACUUUUGGUUCCUGUUCUCCUGGGACUCACUACCUUGGGCGCUUCCAGGGUCGGCUUCUGUGGAUUUCAGUUCUCGAAAGAGGCUACGGGUACUGCACUGUCAAUAUUAAGGGUUUAGAGCUACAGGAAACAUCGUGCCACACCGUUGAGGCUCGACGUGUUGAUGAAGUGUUUGAAGGGGCUUUUGAUCAUGUGGAGCAUCCCGGUCAGUGUUUCCGUCUGUUGAACCCUCACUGGGGUAACGCUCUAACUCCCUGCUCCGUGUUGCCCGUCAGGGUCUACUCUGAUGCCCAAAAUGUUCUAACAGGGAUCGUCGAUUCCCCUGACCACCUGCGUCAGCUAAACUCUGAUUUUCUUAAAACACUCGUCUGGAUUUUGUUGCGUUACUGUGUGCAGGAUUUGACUUAUGGUACUCAUCGAACGAAAGGGCAGUCUGUACAGACCUCUGGACGCAAGUCUCAGAGCUCCCAGCAUACCGUGCCCCUCGAGCCUGGUCCGGCUGUGGUUAAAGUUGGAAUAGACUCUCAAGUGCAUCCUGAGUCCUCUUCUUCCUCUCAUUUGAGGGGGCAGGACAGUUCCAGCCUAUCGUCCUUUGCUGAUUGGUCAGAUGAUGAUGAUCUGUUUGGUCCGAUGCCUGUGCGGCGGCCAAUAAAAAUGAUGGUACGGACAGAUGAAACACAGAAGGAGCUCGGGUUGGGGGUAUCUUUGCCAGGAUCUGUAGAAAUCCACAGUCUAUAUGAAAGCAUGGCACUGUCCUCGCUUCCCACCCUUAGACCUCUGGGCAUGGGUCUGGGGCUCGGCCUGCCCAUUGUAGAUAAAGGGAAGGAUAACAUCCCCACUCUCACUUCAACCACCGUCCCAUGGAACUCUCAGCCACUCCACUUCACCAGCCCUCACUCAGAACUCUUCUCUUUGCCUACGGACUGGCGGACCGCCCCCUUACCUUUCCCUAAAAUACAGGUAUUGCACCCUUGCUUCCCAGAGGCCUGGUUUUUCUUCUGUUUGUCCCGGUUAGUGGUGGAGAGCCUUGGGGAAGGAGACUUUGAGCAGGUGACGCAAGGUUUGCGGGAGGACCGUGCACUGCAGGAGCUGUAUACCCAGGUGGUUCUGUCGUGUUGUGUGGCGCUGGGAGCAGACACUCAGGUGUUCAAUCCCAAUCUGCUGUUCAGGCUGUACUGUGGGGACGGCCCCUGGACCGAGGGACUGGAGUGGCUGCGAACCAAUAAAGAGCUGCAUCAGCUUACACUCAGGGCUUUCAGGUACAGUGUCAAACUUUUGGUAGACCAGGCAUCUCUUGGUCCAGUGGAGAGUCUGGAGGAGCUUUACACAACUUUACAGGAUUAUCAUGACAACUGGUUCAUCGGCCUGGUAACAGACUGUGGUUGGCAAGACAGUGUUGUACAGGAGAAGCCCUUCCUGUUCUCUCUUGGACAUGACCUCACCAUGGGGACAUAUACAAGCCGUGUGUUAUCCCUGCAGGAGAAUCUGGUGCAGGUUGGAGUUCUGAAUGAGGAAGGUGUGAGGGGUCAGUGGGCAAACCUGUCCUGGGAGCUGCUGUACGCUACAAAUGACGACGAGGAGCGCUACAGUAUUCAGGCCCAUCCAGUGAUGCUGAGGAACCUGACCGUUCAGGCAGCUGAUCCACCGCUGGGAUACCCCAUCUACUCAUCCCCGCUCAUCCACCUACGCUGUUUAUGAUAGUCACUUUGUGUUACAUCCCUUGAAGUUUUUUAUCUGCACAUCUUCUCAUUUGUGAUCAACAUGCAAACAGGUGCUACCCAGUACUGCAAUUUCACGGUUUCAAGCCACUUUUUUUGGCUGAAGUCAGUCAAAUGCAUUUAAUUUCUUCCUGUACAGGGUACAAUGAAUUGAACUAUUUUAAUGAAGUGUUUAAAAUUGCAGAAUCGCAACAGUGACAUUACGAUCUGAAAUGAAUGCACAGGUUAAUAGAGGUCUGCAGCCGAAAUAUGUACUGAUUUUAACAAACCUGUGCUCCUGAACUCCACACAUUCAUACCAUAGACUCAUUCAGACACAGAGCCUGGAUUUAUUCUUUUCUCCAGAAAACGUGCCCUAUUUUCUGAAUAAUGGACCUACGUAAGUAGGAACUUAUGGGUGUCCUUGAAUAAAUCUUACCUCGCAUUGAG